UCCGUUUUAACAUUAAAGUUGUAAGUUGAUGGCUAAUCCGUUAAAUAGGAUUAACAUGUGUCUGUCAAAUAGAGUUUUAUAGCAAAAAUGUUUUUGUUGAUAUGUACAAAAAUGCUAUAAAAAGUUUAUAAAAUGACAGGUAAAAAAUUUAUUGAUGGAUCUUCAACAUGCAUUUAAUAAGUUAAAGGAUGAAAACGAAGUCGCUAUUGUAGAGAAAUACAGUUUUAUUGGGAAACGUUACACAAUAGUACUCAUAGCAUUUGGAAUUUGUGGAAUAAGUAUUUGUAUUUUAGCUCAAUUUUGGUCAAAAAUAAUUGCUUCUUUUGUCGUAUCAAUGAAUGUGUCGUCUCAAUCAUAUCAGUUACUUAUUAAGACGGAGUAUUUCAUUGAUCAAGAAAAGUAUUUCUAUCUAAUUGUAUUGCAUAUAUACGCAAUGAUCUGUAUCGGAGCUAUUGCAAUGGUAUCAAUAGGUACAAUGCUCAUUACGUAUCUUCAACAUAUCUGUGGAAUGUUUAGAAUUGCUAGUUAUCGUAUCGAGCAUGCAAUAAGCAUCAACAUUUUACAAAAUAUUACACUAAAAAAUAAGAUUUUAAUGACCAAGGGCAUAGCUUAUGGCGUUGAUAUUCACCGACAAGCUAUGAAAUUGUCUAAGCAGAUGCUGUCCACAUUCGAAAUAAUGUUUUUUAGUUUAAUAGUAUGUGGAGUGUCUUGCUUGAGCGUUAACCUAUUUCAAAUGGCAUCGUCUAAAAAUACUUUUGAGGAGUUGUGUCUCCCGAUGGUCUAUGUAUUUGUCACUGUCUUAUAUAUGUUCGUAUCCAACUAUGUCGGGCAGGAUGUAGUGGAUCACAAUAAUAGCAUAUUUUCGACUGCGUACAACGUACAGUGGUACAAAGCCCCAAUACAUGUACAGAAAAUGAUACUAUUUCUAUUACAAAGAGAAACCAAAGAAUUUACUUUGAAUGUUGGUCGAUUAUUCAAUGCAUCUAUGGAAUGUUUUGCCACGGAACAUGGUUUCAUUGUUGAAAAAAUUAAACCGCAGAGACAUCGUUCUUGAGACCGAAGUGUAUUCUGUGAAAGAGCGCAUUGAAAUGAAGUGCCAGUCUUAAAAGAGAGGAAAUGCGCCUGCGUCAGUUUCCUGUAAUUUAUGAGAAAAAUACACCUGUCGAAUUACAUAUCUUUCGCGCUAAAUCAAUAACAUGUAGAUAUAGUCAGUUUAUUGAGAAAUUGGUUAAAUUAAAUGUGUUUUGAUCUUAUAGCAAAUUUUUAUACCAUUAGUCGUUAUAAAUUAAAGAAAUUGCGUAAAUAUUUGUACGAUAAAAAAUAAAAAUAAGAAUAUGUGGAAUAUUUAAUCAAGCAA